UACAUUGUUCCGCAGUUUCUGUUCGACAGCCCUCGAGUUCGGUUCUAGCUCUCUCUCAAUCCAAACAAAAAAAGACAAACUCAGCUUAAAUAAACUCGCCAUAAAUAAAUCAGCUAAGUGUAGUUUGUUUUGGAAAUCUCUAGUAGAUUUCAACGCGAGUCAGAGACCGACACUCAAAAGCAGCUGUCACUUGAACCCAAUCAACGAACCAAUCAACGAAAUAAUAAAUCAGCCACGAAACCAACUACAAUAACAACGAAAAUAGCAAUCUCUCUUCGAGUGCUUUCGAGUGAACAGAUGUUUUGAAAAACCCCCGAAAAUCGCGACUAAUCCUUCAAAGGACUGUUGGCCAUCGAAGUUAUUGGCCAACCGAUAAGGUGAAGUUUUUUACUGUGCAAAAGAAAGUUACGAAAAUCAACCCAUCGAGCGGAAGAAGCAGAAGGAGAAUCCGAUUCAGAUACAGCUACAGAUACCCCCAAUAGGAAGAGGACUAGCCUGCGGUCGUCCCACCGGCGAAGAAAAAGGAACAGGAUCAAGGCCCCUGUGCCCGCGUGCGAAAGAUUCGUCCAAUAAACAUGGGCGGCAACGUGGAGCAGCGGCCGUGGACGCCAACAGUCCGCCUUGGCAGGAUCGCAGCGGAGACCACCAAUCCAGGCCCAGCCACCGUCCAGCUGCCGACUUUAAUCGGUAGCAAAGUACCGGACUCCAAGAAGAAGGCCGCCCCCUCGUACUCCUUUGGGCACAAGUUGGGCGGCAAGUACGACACCUCCGGACCGGGUCCGGCGCAAUACAAUGUGACCGGGAUGCGGGCGAAGGGCCGCGAUUAUCCCAGAGCAGCCACUCUGCAGAGCAGGCCCAAGGAACUGACGCGGUUCUCCAAUCCCGGACCCGGCGAAUACGACGUGGUGCCGGCGGCCAAGGCGGUGAUCGAUGCCACGCCCAAGUACACUUUUGGCCAGCGACCGGCCACGCUGAAGACGUUCCAGAUUCCAGGUCCCAACCAUUAUCGAGUGGUGCCCCUUGAUGUCGUCAAGCGGCGAGCCCCACGAUACUCCUUUCGCAUUAAGGUUAACGUGUACUUUGUUAACAAUCCAGCUCCGAAUAGCUAUUGCCCUGAAAAGGUCACGCAAUCAAAAAAGAAUGCGCCACGCUACACGUUCGGUAGACGAACUAAAAUCGAACACGAUCGGGGCACACCAGCUCCUGGCGCCUAUUGUCCCGAGAAGGUGAAGCUCAACAAGACGCCGGAGUUCAGUUUCGGCAUCAAGCACCACGAACAGAGGCCAGAUUACACGCCAGCGCCGGGCACUUACAAACCUGAGCAGGUUGUCCUAGAACACAUGCCCGCCUACAGCUUUGGCCUGAAAACCAAACACAUCCAGGUCAGCGAUACACCGGCACCCGGUGCCUACAGCCCCGAAAAAUCUCGACUGCACUCCACACCCGCUUACUCAAUCACAGGAAAGGCCUCCCACGAUGUCGUCGAUUGCAACCCUGCACCUGGAGCAUACGAACCCGAGAAAUGCGUGCUGAGCCGGACGCCCGCCUUCACCUUUGGCCACCGCGUGGAGCUAGCCAAGUGCAGCGACACGCCCGCACCGGGCACCUACAAUCCCGAGAAGGUGCGGCUGGACCACACGCCCGCCUUCACCCUCUCCGGCCGUCCGGAGACCAGGUCGAUCAGCGAGACGCCCGCGCCCGGUUCGUAUGCCCCGGAAAGGUACCGCAACGACCGCACGCCGGCCUUCACCUUCGGCGGUAAGCACGAGCAGCGGCUCGACAGCUCCACUCCGGCACCGGGCGACUACUGUCCCGAAAAAGUGCGGCACGAUCACAAUCCCGCUUUCUCAUUCGCCGGUCGCCACGAAUUGCACAAGACGAGCGACACCCCAGCACCGGGAGCCUAUGAAACGGAGAAGGUCCGCCAGGAUCACAAUCCCGCUUUCUCCUUCGCCGGGCGACACGAUCUGCAGCGGCCCAGUGAAACACCCGCCCCGGGUGCCUACUCCCCGGAGAAGGUCCGCCAGGAUCACAAUCCCGCUUUCUCCUUCGCCGGGCGACACGAUCUGCAGCGGCCCAGUGAAACACCCGCCCCGGGUGCCUACUCCCCGGAGAAGGUCCGCCAGGAUCACAACCCCGCCUUCUCGAUGGCCGGAAAGCACAGUCAGAAGGUGGCCAGCGAUGGCCCAGCUCCCGGCGACUACUGUCCCGAGAAGGUUCGCCUGGACCACACGCCCGCCUUUAGUUUUGGGGUCAAGAACGAUCCUAAAAUAGAGAACAACACUCCAGCCCCUGGGGACUACCAUCCCGAGAAAGUCAGGCAGGAUCACAAUCCCGCCUUUUCGUUCGCUGGUCGCCACGACCUCCACAAGCCCAGUGAAACUCCCGCACCAGGAGCCUACUCUCCGGAGAAAACCAGACAGGAUCACAAUCCAGCCUUCUCAAUGGCUGGCAAGUAUGAUCAGAAGAUUGCCAAUGGCACUCCCGCCCCUGGAGACUAUAGUCCCGAAAAGGUUAGAUUAGAUCACACACCAGCUUACAGUUUCGGGGUAAAGAAUGAUCCCAAAAUAGAGAACAACACCCCUGCUCCAGGAGACUAUCAUCCGGAGAAGGUAAGGCAAGACCACAAUCCCGCCUACUCCUUUGCCGGUCGUCAUGAUCUUCACAAGCCCAGUGAUUCCCCUGCACCAGGAGCCUAUUGUCCCGAAAAGUUCCGCCAAGAUCACAACCCUGCCUUUUCGAUGGCAGGCAAACAUAUCGAAAAGCUGGUAAAUGGUACACCAGCUCCUGGUGACUACUUUCCUGAAAAGGUACGACUAGACCAUACUCCCGCCUACACUUUUGGUGGCAAGAAUGAUCCUAAGGUGGAGAACAAUACCCCAGCUCCAGGAGAUUAUCAUCCGGAGAAGGUGAGGCAGGAUCACAAUCCCGCCUUCUCCUUUGCCGGUCGUCAUGAUCUCCAAAAGCCAAGUGAUACUCCCGCCCCAGGAGCUUACUGUCCGGAGAAAGUUAGACAAGAUCAUAAUCCGGCUUUCUCAAUGGCUGGAAAACACAGCCAAAAGAUCUCCAGCGACACACCAGCUCCAGGUGACUACAGUCCUGAGAAGGUUCGUCUAGAUCACACACCCGCCUACACAUUCGGUGGCAAGAAUGAUCCUAAGGUGGAGAAUAAUACUCCAGCUCCAGGUGAUUAUCACCCUGAAAAGGUAAGGCAGGAUCACAAUCCCGCCUUUUCCUUUGCAGGUCGCCAUGAUCUUCACAAACCUAGUGAAACUCCCGCCCCAGGAGCUUAUUCCCCCGAAAAAGUUCGUCAGGAUCACAAUCCUGCCUUUUCGAUGGCAGGCAAACAUAUCGAAAAGCUGGUAAAUGGUACACCUGCUCCUGGAGAUUACUGCCCAGAGAAGGUGCGAUUGGAUCAUACACCCGCCUACACUUUUGGUGGCAGGAAUGAUCCUAAGGUAGAGAACGAUACCCCUGCUCCAGGAGAUUAUCAUCCCGAGAAAGUAAGGCAGGAUCACAAUCCAGCAUUUUCUUUCGCUGGCCGUCAUGAUCUUCACAAGCCAAGUGAUACGCCCGCCCCAGGAGCUUACUCUCCGGAGAAAACCAGGCAAGAUCACAAUCCAGCUUUCUCAAUGGCCGGCAAGCAUGAUCCUAAGGUUUCCAAUGACACUCCCGCACCUGGUGACUACAGUCCCGAGAAGUUCCGCCACGACCAUACACCCUCCUACACUUUUGCGGGUAAAAAUGAUCCCAAAAUUGAGAACAAUACCCCUGCUCCUGGUGACUAUCAUCCCGAGAAAGUUAGGCAAGAUCAUGUGCCCGCAUUUUCUUUCGCCGGCCGUCAUGAUCUCCAGAAACCAAGUGAUACUCCCGCUCCUGGCGCCUACUCUCCCGAGAAGACCCGACAAGAUCACAAUCCCGCCUUCUCAAUGGCUGGAAAAUACAUUCAAAAGCUGACCAAUGGUACGCCAGCUCCGGGCGACUACUGUCCCGAAAAGGUUCGCCUGGAUCAUACUCCCGCCUACAGCUUUGGUGUUAAGAGUGAUCUGAAGUCGGAGAACAACACCCCGGCUCCUGGUGACUAUCAUCCCGAGAAAGUUAGGCAAGAUCAUGUGCCCGCAUUUUCCUUUGCCGGGCGGCAUGAUCUUCACAAGCCCAGUGAGACCCCUGCCCCGGGAGCCUACUCCCCAGAGAAAGUCAGGCAGGAUCACAAUCCAGCCUUCACAAUGGCAGGGAAACAUGAUCCCAGGGUUUGCAAUGACACCCCAGCACCUGGUGACUAUCACCCCGAGAAGGUCAGGCAGGACUUCAAUCCGGCGUUCACCUUCGCCGGCAAACACGAUCCGAGACCCUUGAGCGAAUCCCCGGCACCCGGCGACUACAGCCCCGAGAAGGUGCGACUGGACCGAGCACCCGCUUUCAGCUUUGGCGGCAAGCACGACCCCAAACCGGAGCACCUCCAUCCUGCGCCCUGCGACUACUCACCCGAGAAGGUUCGCCUCGACCAUACACCCGCCUACACCAUUGCAGGUCGACCAGCCGCCGAUCCCGUCAGUCAGACGCCGGCUCCCUGCGACUACCAUCCGGAGCAGUGCCACGUGGACAGCGCCAGCACUCCGGCCUUCACCUUCGGCAUGCGUCUGGGACGGGAGCGCAUUUCCGACACUCCAGCACCCUCCGCCUAUGAGCCGGAAAAGCACAACCUGCACUCCACACCCGCCUACAGUUUUGGCACCAAGUCGGAGAUCCGCAUGACCACCGAUGCCCCAGCCCCUGGUCACUAUUAUCCCGAGCAGUGCAACCUAGACAGCUCGCCAGCCUAUAGUUUUGGCCUGAAGACAGUGCCCACUGCUUCGCUUCCAGAACCCAGGGGCGUGUACAUCGAAGAUCGCAUUGUCCAAAGACGCGAACGCCGUCUGGCCAGUCCCGUACGCAACAAUGCGGAAUGCACCACCACCACCACCAACAACAGCAACAAUGCUGGAAGCAGCAGCAGCACCACAACAACAACAACCACCACCACCACAAAGACCUUCAUCAAUGGGGUGGAGCAGCCCGAGCUGCAGCAAAAGCAAACCACCAAGCAGGUGAAUGGCACCGCCACCCACAAAGAGCUUAAGUCCGCACCACCAGCACCACUGAGCAAUGGCAACCACCUGGCCAAGGUGGAAACCACCACAAUGCAGCAGGUGGUUCAAGGUCAGAAGGAUACGGGCAACCUGAAGGUGGUGGCCAGCGGUAAGUCGGAUGCCAGUGCCACCAAGGCGGCGGCCGUGAGCCACCAGACGGUGGUGCGAUCCGAUGGCGCCAUCGUCACCAGUGGCCAGUCCUCGAGGAUGCAGACGGUCAAGUACGCUGUGGAGGCCAGCAGCGUGCAGGAGAAGAUAAUCAGCUCCUAACGUCUACAAAAUACCCACUGUCAUGGGCAGCAGCAAGGAGGGCAAGAUCCGCUCGGCUCCGGCCUACACGAUCACGGGUCGCGAGAAGCCGCCGCUGAUUCCGGUUAUGAUCUUCCCCGGACCCGGAUACUACGAC